AUGCACCAGUUGGUCCUUGCAGCCGUGAUCCUCCAUGCACAGGGUGUCUUUCAUCGGGACAUCAAGGUAGAAAAUAUCCUGAUUGAGACGACACGUGAACGAGUGAGAAUUAUCGAUUUUGGUUGUGGCACACAUGCAAAGGAGGGAUGGUACAAAGAUUUUACAGGUACGUGGGACAUUUGCCCUCCUGAAUGUCAACUACAGCAGCAGUACAGGGCCAUUCCUUUCACCGUGUGGCAGCUGGGGGUGGUGUUGUACGAACUCCUGGGAAGUGACAACUUUGACACCAAACGGUUCCUGGAAAACAAACUGAAUAUGAAUUUGAAAGCAUCUAAAGACUGCCAGGAUUUCAUGGACAAAUGUCUUUGCAUCCGUCCGGAGGAGCGACCUGACUUUGAGCAGCUGUUGGCUCACCCCUGGCUCCAGUGACGCGCCGCAGCACGUCUUCAUCA